AUGGGAAAUUGUCAGGCGGUUGAUGCGGCGGCGUUGGUUCUGCAACAUCCCGACGGUAAAAUAGAUAGAUAUUACGGUCCUGUCUCCGUCGCCGAAAUCAUGCGUAUGUAUCCUGGUCACUACGUUUCUCUUAUUAUUCCGUUGCCGGAGACGAAUAUUCCGGCGACUACAACGACGGAGACGGAUGAUAAGAGUCAGAGAAGGGUCGUGAGGUUCACGCGCGUGAAACUUCUCCGACCAACGGAGAAUCUCGUACUUGGUCAUGCUUACCGUCUCAUCACUUCACAAGGUUUGGUUUUUUGA